AUGGCCGGCGUUGACGCCGACUUAUCACGAGGAUCUAGUUGCGUAGGCCUGAUAGACAGCCAGCAUGUUUCACAGAGUUUGCGCUUCUGUAAAGUCGCUGCGGAAGACUUGGAAGCACUUUGCAAGGACUUAUUGCAACACGUUGGCUCAUCCAGCGGACUGCGUAUGUCCUACAAAGCCGCAAAAUUGGCGAUACGCGAAAGGAAGAUUGAGAAGCACGUUUCAAAGCUCCAUAACGUGGUUCGGGUACUUAUGUUAUCCCAGCAGUGUUAUACCAGGCUCAACCGAAUUUCAUAG